AUGCGACAGCUCUAUGUUUGUAAACUUCUGCCCAUCAUAGCGUAUGGCUGCGCGGCAUGGUUCUUUGAUUACCAGGGGACAAUUCGCCAGGGACAUAUCCUACAGCACUUAGUCAAGAAGCUAGACACGCUGCAAGGCGAGUUGCUUGUCCAAAUAUCUGGAGCGAUGAAGAAUACAUCGAGGAUUCUCCUACGAAAAGAGCUACACAUUUACCCUCUUUCGCAAUCCCUUCGAAUAAAGGCAAUUGCUCACCACGCAAAGGUCUAUGACACUGAUCAUGCCAAAGAACUUCGCUUAAUAAGAGAAAGAGCUGGCCUUGGUGCUCACAGGCUGAAAGCACAUCCAUUUACUCAACUCGACAUAUUGGCAGAGAGGUUGAGAAAUAUGGCCAAAGGUCUUCAUCACAACGUCAAGGAAACAAUGUCUGACAUUUUGAACUUUCAGGCUUCUGCUGAGUGGGACCAGUAUCGAAACAGCCAUGUGCCAUCCUCGCCUGAGAGCAAGGCUCUUACCCUUAGAGAACCUUGGAGCAAACGGAGUUUAAACUAUUAUAAAAAGGUCAACCGCAAGCAGAGUACCAUGUUGCUGCACUGCAGAACGGGCUGGAUCGGCCUGCGAAGCCAUUUAAAACGGCUCAACCUCGAACAGUCAGACCGGUGCCCCCACUGCAACAAUGGCCCGCAUUGCGUCGAGCAUCUGUUCAUCCACUGCAAGCACAACAGUCUGGCACUGCCGCGGAUGAGGCUGUUCCGCGAGGCCGGCACUAAGAACUUGGAUGCAAUUAUUACAAGGCAUCCGCAGCUGGCUGCUAAUUUUGCCAUUACCAACUUUGGCAUUGAGCAAUUCUCAGUAAACAGGAGCUGGAAGACUGCUGUUAAGCGCCCCUGCACAGAUAGCGAGCCGCUGCCCCCUCGGAAAAAGCAGAGGACCCUUGCGACGGGAAGGAGUUGGACAACUAAAAAGGCAUAA